ACGCCACGAUUGGCCAGGCACGCCGCCACGACUUUUGUGGGCGCUCAUCGUUCGUCUCCGGAGCGCUGUGUCCGUGCCACAGGCAGUGCGUUGGUCCACCGGAAUCGGAGAGGUUAGCUUCAGUCUGUGCACGACAACACGUCACUCCCUCGCGCCCAGCUCCGCGCUCCGCGAUGAACGCGGCGUCGGCUGCUUUCUACCUGCUCCUGGCUGUGGUGCUCAAGAGCCUGAGGGAGCACGGAGGACGCAUUCGACCGGCACAUGGACGUGGAGAGGGUGCAAUCGUCGCUAUGUUGGUCGUGGAGGCGAGCGUGCUCGUCGACGGAGCCCUGUACCCGAGACUGACCCCCACGGCGGGGCUGUUGCUGCCCCCGGACACCGAGUGCCACGAGCACACUCUUCGCCUGCAGCGCGCCUUCAAGAACAGGACGCUGUGGGCGGCGCGCAUGACGCCCGUUUCCUGCAGUGGUGGACGCGAGCGCUGGCAGUGUGGUGGGCGGGCUGUGGGGCGCGCACUUCCAGCUUGGCAGUUUCGACGGCUGCCUGUCGGCGGGGACGUCAUCUCCCGUGGGAGCGCGGUACUGCUUGGCGAGACUGUUCGCCGCCGACGUGGCCGCGCCGCAGCCCGCCCUGCUGCCCAGGCCCCCCAGGUCCCCGGCUUCCACCCCCGUCGCCAGCACCCCCACCAGCACUACCGCCCUUGCGAGGCCGGCCCCCAGCAGCGCUGGGACCACGUGACCGGCCUCGACCCGGAGAGUGACGCCCGGGAUGCUCUGCAGGGCUGCGGGUUGGUGGACGGCUCCAUCCCACUGGCCGACGUCCUGGUGGCGCUGUGCGUGCCCGAGUCCUGCGGCGCCGUGCCUCUGCAGGCCGCCCUCAAGAAGUCACUGCUUCGUGCCUCGGCCUCGGACAUCGCCUUCGACGUGCGCGUCGAGGAGGAGUACUGCGUCAGCCACCGAGAACUGCAGGACGGCCAGUUUGGUCUGGCGGCGCUCUUUUUCUGGACUCUCGUCUUGGCGCUGAGCGCCGCCGCGGUCACCGCGCCGUAUCUGGGCGGCCGCCUGUCGGCGUGGGAUUGGCGCACCCAUGUGGCGGCGCUGGCCCGGCCCGACGCGCCCCUGUCGGGGAUGGACUUGUCGGCCUUAUCCGGCGUCCGCGGCGUCAACAUGGUGCUGCUGCUCGGGGCGCACCGCGCUUUCAACUCGGCCAAGCUCGCCACCACCAACCAGUUCAUCAACACGGCCGAGUCCCGCACGGCGCCGCUGCACGCCCUGGGCCACCACGCCUCGCUCCUCGUCGACACGUGCUUCUUCAUGUCCGGUCUGCUCAUGUCGCUGUCGCCGUCCGUGAGACAGGGCACCCAGGACAACCACAACGCCCUCCGAGCCACCGCCAGCCGCUACCUCAGGCUGACGCUGCCCUACGCGAUGGUGAUGCUGUUCUACGCCUUCGCCAUGGAGUCGCUCGGGUCAGGCCCGCUGUGGAAGUCCAUCACGAUGCCCGAGGCCGCGGCGUGCCGGCGCUGGUGGUGGGCCAACUUGCUCUACGUCAACAACUACGUGCACGGCCAGCCCGGCGAGUACGCGUGCAUGCUGCAGUCGUGGUCGCUGGCCGUGGACAUGCAGCAGUUCGUGCUGGGGACGGUGCUGGUGCCGCUGCUGACGCCCGCCAGCAACUCGGCCAACUCGCUGCCCCGCUGGUCCGCCUGCAUCCUGGCCGUCGCCCUGCUGCCCCCGUUCGUCGCCACCCUGGUGGAGGGGUGGCCACCCCUCCUGGUGUGGUCUGCGCGCGCGCUGCAGAACCCCUUCGCCGAGCCCAUGUUCUACUCCAUGUACGUGGCCACCCAGUUCCGCGCCGCACCCUACGUCGUCGGCGUGCUGGCGGGGUGCGUCAUGCUGCGCUUCAAGGAGCGGAGUCUGGAGCUGAACCUGUGGGACUCGACGAGGCUGACGUGGGGCAGCUUGGCCGCCAUGCUCACUCUCCUGACGUCCAGCGUGCUGUUCGCCGACCUGUCCGCGCCCGCGCCGCCCUCGCUGGUGUCGGCCCUGUACGCCGCGCUGUGCCCCUUCGCCUGGGCCGCUGCUCUAGCAGUGUUCGUCGUGGCGGUCACGUUCGGCCAGAGGACUGCCGUGGUGGGGCUGCUGCGGUGGCAGCCGCUAGUGACGCUGAGCCGCCUGUCGUACGGCGUGUACCUGGUGCAUUUCGCAGUACAGCUGCUGCAGGGCGGCGCCGAGCGCGCGCCUCGCAACGUGACGGUCGCCACGGUGUUCCGCGACGGCUUCAGCGACCUGGUCAUCGCUCUCAUCGUCAGCGCCUGGCUGCACUUGAUCGUGGAGGCCCCAGUGCGGUACUUGGCCAAGUCGGCGCUCUAUGGCCGCAGGCUGGUGAUCAACGUGAAGCUGUGCAGGAAGCGCACCGCGUCCGAGAUGACGGCGAGUUCGGCUUCUCCGACCCCGACUCCGACCCCGGCAGUGUUGAAUGGCAUCGGCAGCAUCGGCAGCGCCGCCAAAGUGAGCUGCUUUUGAUCUGCGAGAGAAGAGACAAAGAUUACAUGUUCACUACUAUGAUCAAUAAGCCUACUUGAUAAUCGACUAUUUUAAAUUAUGUAUUUUAUCUAGUAUUUCAACAUAACUUUGAAAAGAAUUAUGUGUUUUAAAUCCAUGUGAUUGUAUACAUCCAAAUUUUAGGCGAGUCUUUAGAAGUCAAGGCAGAGUAUGUGUAGGUCGCUUUUCAGAAAACAAAUAAAACUUCUAGUCAUACACGUU